CUGUCAGAAUCGAUUUCUGCACAGCUCCCGGCAACCCCGAAAUGGCAUCGGCCACCGGACUCAGGUUAUUACGUGCCAGAAGCGCUAUCAACUUGUGCAAACGUUCUUAUCCGCGUCGACAGACAGACGCGGAACCUAGCCCAGAAAUAUUCCGGACCAUAUCCUGUAGUCGACCGGAAACCGAAACAUUUUAUCAUCCGUAGAGAAAACUGCUUAGAAUCAGUAUCAAUAGACCGUUUGAAACCCGUGGUCGACUAA